AUGCACACGCUCUCGCAGCCCGUGCGGAUACCCUCCAGCCAAGGUUUGCGCGGCAGCUUCGACAGCACGGGGCGCUCGCUCGCGCGCUCCCCGCUCGACAACCCCGCCGCGCGGGCCUCGCAGUCCUCCGCGCAGCAGCUCCUCACGUCGGACGUCAUCGGCACAGAUGGCGGGUCCAUGAACGCGGCGUCCUCGAUGGGCGGCCGGAGGAUCAGCGGGGGGCCGUCGUCGAGGAGCGCAGGGCGGCACGCGAGACUCGCAACGUCGCCGCACUUCGUGCAGCAGAUCGGAUUCGACGACGAGACCGUCGCCGCGCAGCAGCGGCCCGUGGGCUCCGUGACGCCCGUGCGGCGGCGCUACUCGAGGGACUCCGUCGGCAGCGUAGGCGCGUCGACCUCCGCCGCAAAGCCGCCCCGCCCAGCGCUGCCGCUCGCCAAGGCGCCCGCGACCAUCGCGGACCCCGUGCCGUCGCACGAGCUCCUGCGCAUCACCGUCGUCAGCGAGGGCGAGGGCGAGGACGGCAGCGGCGUGCUCGGGAACUCCGCCCACGGCCCCGCGGACGCCGCGUCGGCGCCGCCGGACCUCGCGCCCGCGCCCGCCCGCCCCGCCGGCGGCAGCGGCGCCGCGGCCGCGAUGGCCGCGAUCAUGGCGCUCGGCGAGAGCCGCCACCCGGUCCUCGCGACGCAGUCCGUCCGGCAGGCCUUCCAGGCCGUGGUCAGUGCCGCGUCGACAACGGACGUCUCUUCCGCGGCGAGCACGGGCCUCGACGUCGCGUGCAUCCUCGCGGACCUCGGCCUGCCCGAACACAUCAUCGUCGCGGGCGUCCUCGCGGCCGCCGAGCUCCCCGCGGACAUCGCCCGCGACAGGCUGCCGGCCAGCAUCAGCCGUCUCGCGGUGCCGAUCGCGGUCGGCGCGCGCAAGAUGGGCGCCGUGCUCGACCUGGCCGGCAAGCCGCUCGAGGCCAUGUCCGCGGGCGAGGUCGACGACUUCCGCGCGAUGCUGCUGUCGAUGGCGGACGUGCGCGCGCUCACCGUGCGGCUGUCGCUGUCGCUGUGCGAGCUGCGCCACGCGGCCGCGGCGGCCGCGGCGGGCGACCCCGAGGCGCGCGAGGCCGCGGAGGCCAUGGCGCGCGGCGUCGACGCGGCGCUCGUGCCGCUCGCGUCGCGCCUCGGCCUCUCGUCGCUCAAAGCACAGCUCGAGGAUCUGUGCUUCGAGGUCCUGCGCCCCAGCGAGCACGCGUGGAUCGUGCGCGAGCUCGCGGCGCUCGAGUCGGCGGGCGGCGCGACGGACGACGUGCAGGGCGUGCUCGACGAGCUCCAGGGCGCGCUCGGGGCCGGCGCCGGCGCCGACGGCGACGGCGUGCAGGUGGUGGAGCUCACCGGGCGCGCCAAGUCGCUCGCGGGGAUCCACCGGAAGCUCGUCAAGAUGGGCGCGGGCGCGAGCGUGUCGGACGUGCACGACGCGCGCGCGGUGCGCAUCGUCGUCGGAACCAAGGUCGACUGCUACCGCGCACUGCGGCAGGUCGAGCGCAUGUUCGCCACGGUGCCGGGGCGCACGAAGGACUACAUCCGCGCGCCGAAGGCGAACGGAUACCGCUCGCUGCACACGGUGAUCGAGACGCCCGGCGGCGUUCCGCUCGAGAUCCAGAUCCGCACGCGCGACAUGCAUCUCGUGGCGGAGUACGGGGUGGCGGCGCACUGGCGGUACAAGGAGGGGCUGGCGCGGGACGAGGCCGGCGCGCACGUGGAGAGCCUUGUCGGGUUCUCGCGGUACCUCCUGACGUGGGAGUACCACCUCCGGGACGGCGGCAAGCACCGCCCGAGCGGGGGGAGUGCGGGGGGGGCUCCCGCGUCGGACGGCGCGGGGCCGUGCGCGUCCGCGGCGUGCGGACCGCACCUCGAGUGCGUGUUCCCGCACCACGGCGAGCGCUGCAACUUCCGCGACGAGCGCUUCUGCGGCCACCUGUCGGACCUGCGCGAGCACGCGGCGGGUCGCUCCGGGCCCGUGAUGUUCGUCGCCGUCGACCCGGCGAACCCCGCGAGCAUGUCGAUCUGCCGCGCGCAGCCCCGCGCGUCCGUCGCGGACGCCCUCGCGGCCUCGAACGCCCCCGCGGCGCUGCGCGAAGCGCAGGCGCUCGUCGUGAACGGCGCCCUGUGCGUCGACCCGGCGGCGGCGACGAUCGGCCCCGGCGACGUCGUCGAGGUCGCGCCCGAGGGCGCCGUGGUCGGCAUCCCGCACGACGGCGGGUUCGCGGUCCGGCAGGACCCCGGCGCGGAGUGGCACCCCCACUCCAGCACGGCGUCGAUCCCGGUGAGCGAGGCGGCGGCUGCGGGGCUCGUGGGCGGCGUGGGGCGUGCGCGGCGCGAGGCGUCGUUCGCGGACCUGCCGCUGUCGUUCAGCCAGCGCAGCUUGGGGGGCUUCGGGGCGUUUUGCGUCGACUCCCCCUCGGCGCUUGUCGACAGGGACCCGCUGCUGCGGGACCGCCCGAACGUGCGUCCGCCGCCGACGAUCGAUUCCUCGGUGCCGCUCGGGAGCGCGGACCGCGGGAUGCCGCCGCGACCGCGGCAGUGCUCGAGCGGGGGACUCUCCCUGUCGCUGUCGGGCGGGGGCGCGCCCCCGCCGCCCGCGGUCGUCGUCGGCAGCCUCGGCGGCGACGGCGACGCGCAGGGCCCCGCGCGCACGAGCCUCGGCAGCUUCGGCAGCCGCGGCGGCGCCGUCGACCACACCAACGGCCCGCACAGCCCCACGGCGGGGGGCAAGAUGGAACCGCAGACGGUCAUCAUGGGCUUCACGUGCGGCGCCGGGACGACGGACGACGUCACGGAGGCGCUCGAGGGCCUCCUGGGCGCGUCCGUGGCGGAGCGCGAGCCCGCGCACGUCGACGCGUGA